GAAAUUUUGAAAUUCGAAACAUAUGAAAACGUGAAUAAAAGUGGCAAAAAUAAAUCACCUUUUUAAUCAAAAUAGAUUGGAUUCAUUCCAGUUUAGUAGCAAAAGGGGUUAGGUCCACAAUGAUAAUUUUUAAAAGAAUAUAUAGAAAAAAAUUGAAGACAGGUAGAUUUACUUCAUACCUAAUUUUAUGUUCACAUGAUAGGGUAGUACAUCAUGACAAUUUAGUUCCUCAUAAGAGUAUUGCAGUAAGUGAGAAUAAAAAACAUGGUUUUUCUCGGAAUGGUAAAAAGUGGACCUAACCCCUUUUGCAACGAAACUCUUCAAAUAAUGCGAGCGCGAAGCGCUAUCUUAUUUUUUUAUAUUCAGUCUGACAUGAAAAUUGUAGAUUUUAAUCACAAUCUAUGUAUGUCGAUGAGUAAUCAAUGACAGCGCAUAAGAUAAAGCAUAAGAUAAUAGUUUUUAUACAAACCGAGCAUUUAAUUUUCACGUUCAUGUAAUGGAUGAUACGUCGAGCGCGACAGCCCUGCAUGAACUGUCAUCGGUUUUCAUGGAUGAAAAAAAAACCUUUCAUGCACUCUUUUAAAUUUCACUUCUCAUUUCUUUUUUAUAUAUUCUCCACCCUUUUACAACAUGAACCUGAAUAAAGGAAACUUCGAGAAAAUUUAAAACGGAACACAAAAAGCAGGCCAUGCAAUGCGCUUACUUGCGUGGAUGUGUACAUCUCAAAAUGAUAAUAUCAUGUAUAAAAAUAUAAACAUGAGGAUAUUAUUUCAUUUCAUCUUGGAUUAAAAAAAAAAAAAAAUUCGCAGUUAGUAUCACUUCCCGAAAGGAAUGUUUUCAUUCAAUAGCAAUACAUUAGAAGAAAAAUUGAUUUCGAGAAAAAUAAUGAGAAAAACAAUAUAAAUGGUCAUUAGUGCGUAAAUCCGAUAUCCAUCACUUCCAACGUCAUGAUAAUUACGUACAUUAUUAUUACUAUUAUUAAUACACCAUCGUUAUCAUUAUUAUUAUAUUGGGGGAUAUAUACCCCACCCACCCCCGGGAUCGAAACCUAUAUCUGUUAUAGUCAAAUAACAGAACGUUCCAUCAUUGUUUCCGCUCACCACACAUGGUAUUUCGUCAUUAUUUUAUCAUUUAUCAAUGAUAUGAACUAUCAUGACUAAAAUUUUUGUCUACCAUGUAGAUAUUUUGUUUCAAUUAUAUUCUGUUGAAAUCGCUGGAUUACAGAUGGGGUGAGGGCCAUGGACACCUCCCCCGGCCCAUAAAAAAUCACCGUUAAGAAAACAGAAGAGAAUAGGAAAGAACUGAGAGACAAUAGGAAAUAAAUUAUCAUCUCAAUAAUAGGUCAAAAUCUAUCACAAUCAGUGUUUUGUUAUGAGGAAUGUCAAGACAUUUGCCCGAUACGCCAUUCUGUCCAACUCAAUUUUUGCCCAUUUUACGCUAUUGGUCACUUAUCAUUGUCAAUUUGGAAUUAAUGAGUUCUUGAUUAAUUCAGUAUUGUUUUUAUCUUUCUGUAUUUUCGUUGCUAUACAAUUCCUAUAUCCGGUUGUGUCUAUAGUCUUCAUGUUCACAUUUUCAAAGGGACUUUCUUUUAUUUCAAUAUUGUUCUCCAACUCUUUUUUGGAAGUUUUUUUUUCGAUUUAUUGAUUGGAUAAACAAAAUAAAUUUACAAUGCAUGUAGCAUAAUCAUAAUACGGCCUGAAAUACAAUUGACAAUGUUUUAACUGUAUGAAGAUAGGACUUAGACAUAAAGAAUGUAAAAGCAUAUAACUAUCAUGAACAAUGCAGAAAAUGCAGAGUAAAACUCCAAAAGCAAAGAAAUGCUUGAAACGUAUCAGCCAAAAAGGGGGAGAAGGGCUACACGGAAACUUAUGAAUUAAAUUGGUCCGUAAGAAAAAUUUAAUGUCACAAAUAAUCAAAGUAUUACAGGGGCCACGGAAACGGGGGGAGGGGCUGCGGCCCACGCACUGCAAAAAAAACGUAAAAGUUACCAUCGGAUUAUGAUUAUUUGCAUGGGCAGCCCCCACCCCAUCACACUUUCCAAUCCGUUUCGCGGCCCUUGAGAAAGGGAAAAAAGUAGGAAUCCAAAAGUGAAGUGUGAGCUUUAUUUUGGUAUAUGCCUAGAUUCAAAGAAAUAUAUCACUUGUGAGUUAUUGCCCCUUGACCGCUGUGCAUUCAUAUACUUCUACAUAUCGAAUUACCGCUCAGUGAGGAUUCACAAGUAUAAUUAUCAUUUUUCUCCUGGAGUUUAUGAAAACAUAAUAGGCAAGAAUAUUUUCAUCGGCAACAUGAAAAAUGUGCAUCUCAUAUCCGUUAAACCUCGGGACCUGCCCAUCAUUUUCAAACAAGAAUGUCAUCUUUACUUCCAAAGGUAGGCUUUUCCCGCCCCAAACUAUUCUUACAAGCCAUAUAUAGACGAGUAAAUUUACUUUAUCAUCAAUAAUGAUUUCAACAUUAUUUUCCGCCUGAGUUGUAAAAUGUUGAUGACGCCGUGGAGCUAAAGGCGUCGGAUAUAAUACAACAUUUAAUUCGUCUUUCUAUAUAUACUCUAAAAAUGCAUUACAGGAUAAUUAUGCCCUUUAAUGAUAACACCCACUUUUUCAUGUAUUCUACCAUUUUGAUUGUUUUUUGUUGUUGUUUUUGUGUAACUUUCGUUGGUAUUUUAUUUUGUUUAUUUACACUCAGCUAUCACUUCGGACCGUCUCGACCUCGUAUUCUUUCGGUUGUGUAUUCAAUAGUCCAGAUACUUCUUUCAUUCUCUUUCCCCUAUUUCACGACGGCAGCAUAUCAUAUUUUGGAACCUAUGAAUUGAGGGGUUCGGGUUACUCUACAUCUUUUAAACAUAUAGCAAGAUAAAACGCAAAAAAAUGCCAUGUGAUUUUUUUAUGGCCAGCCCCCUUCACCCUUUCUGCUCAGCCCCCACACUUUCAACUCCAUGCUGCCACUGCCUUAGCGUUAAAUGACCCAACAACUCGACGCAAACAACAUUAUUUUUUGUGCGAGUGAACUAAGCGAGGGAAUCCAGAAAAUUAUUCCUUCUUUCAUGUCAUUGUUUUCUCAAUUUCUAUUUCUACAUCUUUUCUAUUUCUAUAUCUUGGUCACAGAUCUUCUUUUUUGAGGGCGGAUGGUCCCCAAGCCCCCGCCCCCAACAUGUACGCCAUGCAGUGACAUUGCAUGUACUCUAUUUAUGUGACGCCCCUUUCCCCUUCUUGAUAUCAAAGCCAUUUAAACCUCGCAGAUUGCCGGUUUUUUUAUCAAAUCGCAGGUAUAUACAUAAUAUAGCUUUUACACAUUACAUUUAUUCAACCCAGUUGAACCGAAUAUUUUGAGGUGGCCAAACAUAGCAAUGUGGGAAAAUUUGUAAAAAGUCGCCAGCACGCGAGCAAAUCGAGCUAGAAAAAAAUUGCCCAUCGAAAUUGACAUUUCAUUGUUUCCAUUCGUUUCAUCAUACGUUGUCUCCUAUAAUUUAUUUUAUUACUUCUUGGGUGUAGAACCACUUGUAGGCCAGUGAUUGAACUUAAAGGAAUGGUCCCUACAAGGAGCGUUACAGAGCCAUUUGAAGGUUAUAGAUGAAGAGCUCCUACCGCGUGGGGUCUGGGGCAACUGCCCCGGUAGCUUAUUUGAAUAAAAUUUAGCAAGUUUAUAGCACUAUGUUGUAAGCAGUCCUUCUUUUUUCCCACUCUUUAUUUUCAUUCCUCGGCAGCCCGGUUGUGUCAUUAAUUUUUUUUCUUGUCUUUUUUCUUUGAUUUCCAAUGUAGCUUUUGACUAUUUCCAUUCCGACCUUCAUUUACCGCUAUGUUUUCUAUUGCAUUAAAUAUAGGCCUAUUUCGGAAUGAUUUUUUCUUUCUCAAAUGUUCUUCUUUCAUUCCUUUUCCGUCCGAUAUCCGUCCUUUUCCAUUAAAAAAAAUCUUCGUUUUCUUUCACUUUUCUCUUGCCCUUCCCUUUUCCUCCUUUCCUUUUCUUUCCCCUUCCCCUUUCACCCUUAUGUUUGUUAAAAUAUCCCUCCCUUUUCCCCGUUUUUGUUUUUUGUUUUUUCCAGUGAAAUCCGUUAGGGGGCAGCUUGCCCCCCCCCCCCCCCCUGUUACGCCACUGGUCGUGCCGAAACAGAAUCUACGGUAUUGUUUACAUAGCAAAUCUCAGAAUUUCCUUGCUCUAUGAAGUUUCAAUCUUGGCAGAGGCUGGGACGAGCAUGUGGAAGUAGCUAGCGACCACUUUGUGUGCGACCAUGGUGCAACUCCCCUACAACCCAUGCCUCAGGGGCCGCGGAAGCGGGUCCGGGGGGGGGGGGGCUGGGGGGAUUCAGCCCCCCGGCCCCCUCACUUAUUUCCAAAACAGUGUACAAAAAACGUAAAAAUGACAUUAGGAUUGUGAUAUUUUGAAUGGUCAGCCCCCCCCCCCACUUUGAAAACUGUUCCGCGACCCAUAUUGCCGUACCUAUUUAAUACCCCAUACCACUGGUAGAACACGAAACGGUAGCUAUAGGCCUACGUCUAAUCCGUAAGACUAUGAAAAAACUGAAGGCCAAUGCAUGCAGCUGCCUCUACCUGUACCAAGAUCAUAUCAUGUACGCAUAAGUGGGGUAAACCCAUCCCGAAACCCAUAUAUACCUAACAGUGCUGUAACUUCCAUUUCAUUUUGUAAAGAGGCAGAGAAUCUAUUUGCGAUGACCGUAGCAAGUGGUUCCUCUCAUGCCCCCAAACAAAGUGUGAGCCGUGUAAUUGUCAUUUUCACCGCCAAGCACGUACAAGCAGUCAUUUACAUUUUUUUCUCAAAUAAACAUAGAGCGAAUGCGUAUUUUCUGCUAUUUUUUCUACAUGACCAGCUCAUCUGUCCAGCCACCAAUUCAUUUUAUUUCAUCAUUUUAUCAUUGGUAUCCAUUCGUUCAUCCAUUCAAUCCGUCCAUCCUGGGGGGUUAUCAGUCGGCCUAUCCAUCGGAUGAUCGGGCGGAUGAUACAAUACACCCAUACCCAGGCCCAGCUAUCAAUCCAUCAUUCAUUCUCUUCACUCGAUCUUCAGUCAUUUCUCCAUCCAAGGAGAUUGCUCCAUCCGUCCAUAGAAUAUAGCUUUAGAUCUGUCCAUUGGUAAUAAGGCUACCACCCUCUCUUCUGCCGCCCCCAACUUUCCGGCUCAUGGGCUCGCAUGAGUGUGUGUGAGCGAGUUGAUCUCCUCGAAAUUGAUACACAAAUCAUACACCAUGGGGCUAUAAAUAGCUCCAUGCUUACACAUUACGUUGGUCUGUUCUCUUCUGCUUCUCCAAGUUUGCGUAGUCUUCUUCACGUACCUUGCUUCCCGGAUUCCCCACGCGUUCAUUGUAAAUACCGUCUUAGGAAUGAGACCCAAAUACACAUUGUAUCUUGCCUGUACUCAUGUUAUUAUUUGUACUUUGUGUAUAUUUUUAUGAUUGCAUGUGACUGUGCUUUUUAAACAAGCAAAUAAAGAAGAAUUAAUAACUCUGGGUCUAUAGCACAGAGUUCGGUCCUGUAUAUAUAUAUCCCCAGAUAAAAAUCACACUUUUACUGCUGAGCAAUACUGAACUUCUCAUUAUUAAAAAUCGAGAUGCAAGUUUCCUUGCAGGGCUGCAAAAUUAAUAGCUAUUUUGUCACUGUUUUUUGUUGUUGUUGAAAUCUUGCCGAGUACGUCAUGUCUGCCCCAUCCCUCAAUUUUCUCUGCUCAUCAUCUGCUUGUGAAUUAAAAUUCCAAAACGUGCAUCGAUACUCGCAUACACGCACUAUUCAGUCUAUAUGUGUAGACUAUACUCACGUACUUUGCAUGCGAUGAUAAUGUCCUGUGACUGUGAUGUGAACCGGUAGCUUGUGUGCAAAGCGUAAACAAGUCGCUAGCCGGCUGGCAUCGGCGCUUUGAGCUUGCACGCACCGUUCGACAUUUGCUUUCUCAGCUACACACAUACGGGGAUUUCUAGAUACUGCGCAUGCGCGAUGACGUAUUCAUCAAUAUGCAUGACGUCGUAAUGAAUAUGCAUUAUUCGAACAGUGCUCUAAGAUCAAUUUAUUUUUUAACCCGAGAGGGCGUCAAUAGAAAGGUCCUAAGUAUAAACGGUUAACCGAUAAAUAUAUAAUACAUGUUUCACCCCUCAAUAUCAUGAAAAUAGAAAAGUUAUGCAAGUUUUUUUUCCGUGAUAAAAUCGAGCAAUAAUAUAGGUAUUUAAUUAAUGUAAUAAUUUUGAAAUUGAUUCAUUGCCCUUUUCUGAGAACAACCAAUCAUACACUAUACCUUUAAUUUAUUUCAUGCAAAUUGCUAUUAAUUAUGCCAAUUUAUGCGUAAUUAGUAUGCAAAAUCAUACUUUAUCCUCUAAUUCCCUAAAUAAAGCUCCAAAUGUUCUUAUUUUUGGUGUAGAAACUCUUUGGGGUGUUCUCAGAAAAUGAACAUGAAAAAAAUUGCGAUAUCAGAAGAAUUUCUUAUGUAUUAUAUAGUUUUUUGCAAUUAUGUAUUUCUUUGUUUUUUGGACCUUUUGUUUUUUAGACCUUUUGUUUUUAUUGUUUUUUCAAUGAACUUUGACGGGGACUCUUUUGAGAUCAUAAACAGCAUAAAAUAAAUCCAUUUAGACCAGCAAAACUAAAAAUAAUCAUGAUGCAAUUAUGAUGGGUUGAAAACACAAUUUGCAUUGACUUUGUACACGAAAUCACAUUUUUGAGCAAUGUUUGGUCUGACAUGCACUUACAAAAUAUUGCGUAAUUUUGGAACCGCGUACCCGGUCGUCGCAAAUUUCUCAAAAGAUGCGCAAGACUUGAAAAUAAAAAGUCACUGAGCAGCGUGGUCAAAAAAUUUCGCGCAGCGAAAAUAUUGCGCGAAUAGAUAGGGUAAAUACAUGCUCUCUCAGGCAUGACUUUAUGGAUCAAUUUAAUUGUAGUACAGAGAUUGGUCAAUAAGUGUAGAAACUUUCUUUCCAAGGAUUUAGGUUUAACACUUUUUUUAAUGUGACAUUAUCUAGAUUUUUGAAUGAUUUUCAUUGUGAAGAACAUAAUAAAAUGUGAUGAAACGAAAUUCACCACAUACAAUGAUUAAAUCCAAGUAUUCUAUAACAGCCAAGUAUUAUCAUUUCAUUUUCAGUCUGGCAUCCCUUACAUGGAGGUGUUGACCAAGAAUAGGUAUGUUGGAAGGACGUUCAUCCAGCCAAACCAGAGAUUGAGGCAGCUUGGUGUAUCAAAGAAGUUUGGCGCCCUCACAGAGAACUUCAAGGGCAAGCGCAUUAUCAUCAUUGAUGAUUCGAUCGUGAGAGGAACAACGAUAGGCCCCAUCAUCAAGCUGCUCAAAAAAUGUGGAGCAAAAGAGGUUCACAUACGAGUCGCAUCCCCACCGGUCUCCAAUCCUUGCUACAUGGGCAUCAACAUCCCAACUAGGGAGGAACUCGUUGCAAACCGAAUCCCUGUCGAUCGACUCGCUAAUUACUUCAAUGCAGACAGCAUCGCUUACCUGUCCAUAGAGGGACUUCGAAUGGCUGUCAUGGAAGGCAUGCAGAUUGAGGAGAGCAGAAAACAGAAGCGUCUACACUGUACUGCUUGCUUAAGUGGUGAGUACCCUGUCAAACUGGAAUGGUGAUAACACCAUCGUAGCGUUGGAAUGGCUAUCAUAAAAAUAAACCUUGUAUUGAACUGCAGACUGUAGACAACAGUGUUUUUUCCUGACAUCAUCCUUGUGAACACUGCAUUUAAAUUGUUGUAAUCAGAAGGUUCCAAUACUUAGCACAUUAGAUGUAAUAUUCUUCAAGGUUUCAAUGAAUACUGUGCUGCUCCUUAAUCCGUGCUGUGUGCUGAGUUAGCAAGUAACUCCAAAUAGCUCUAUGCACGUAUAUUUGAUGUUAUUGCAGUAUUGAUGUUGGCCAAAGACUGAGGUUUCACCAGUAUGUGACAUGAACCUUUUUAAUGUCACAAUACAAAUAAUUAUCUUGUGAACUCUAUUUAAUAAAAUGAUUAUUCAACAUUGCACUGCUACAGAAAUUAGGACAUAACUACAUUUUAUUUUGAUUCAAAUUGAUAGUUGUUAGUUGCCCUCAUGUAUAUGAUGAUAUCAGUUGUCAAAAUCUGUGUCUUGGUACUACAGUACAAGCAGCAAAUUGAGUCCUGGCACAAUGGUGUCUUGUUUUUAACCAUGACUAGGAUAAAAAAGGUGAUCACUUUGAUAUGCUUCUAGCUUCAAGUUAUCCAAAAACUUAUUUUUUAUAAGAAUCACUCCUCUUACAUCCCCUCGGCACACUGUUGCUAUUUAAAAAAAACACAGUUGUCAAAACUAUUAGGAAAUAUUGAUAUUUUAUUCUGCGCUGAAAUACAAAAAAAAAUUACUGUUUAGGAAAUCAUAAAUGUUCACUGUAUUGUGUAUGAAAUUGUAUUAUAUGAGCCAUUUUGAGAAUGCUUGUAUCAGAAUAUGAUAUGCUGUGAAGGCGUACUUGCAGUGUUAUUGUGCUGGAAAAUGUGUGUGCUGCUGCGACAUUCCAGUUUUCUAAGUGUUAUUUUCUGUUGGGUUGGGGAUUCCACCACAAGGUUAGAUUUUUUUCUUGAGGAUUCACAUUUUUAAGAAUUUUCAUUAUUGUCAUUCAUUUUUUUCCCUUUGCACUGAUACAGAUGAGUGGAUGAUACUUCAUUAUCCGUUCAUCUAGCUUGGUUAUGAGAUAUUUUAAGAACAAAUAUAAUUGGAUAUUCGCAUGUGAAUGUACCAUAGGCUAUUUAUCUUAACUGUUAUUUGACAUGACCGAGAUGUACCCAGGAGAAGCAUUUUGAUAUAUUGAACAUUGUUACUUUGGCUGAAAAUAUGUGAAAUAGAACAGAAUGCCUGAUACAUGUUGAUAAUGUUACCUAUGGUAGUUAUGAAUUGUAACAUCAAGCCUCAGCCAGUCAAGAAAAAUGCUAAUGUUUGUCCUUGCUAGAAAUGUCCCUUUACUUGAACAUAAUAAAUAGUCAUAUUUUGUUCAAUAUAUUGUAAUAAUAUGGAAAUUAAAGCAUAUAUUUUUGUUGUAUACUGGCCACUAUGUUUAUAAUUGAGGUGUAUAUAUUUACUUGUCCUAAGAAAAAAUAUGUUAAACAUUUGUAUAUCUAUGGAUGAAUGAAAGCCUGUGUCAUUUUGAAGAGAAUAUUUGUAUUCAUGUGUUUUGUGGCAGCAGCAGCUGUGUAGAAUGUAAUUUGUUUAUAAGAAUUGUAUUUUGAAAUAUAAUGUGUAAUACUGAAUGAAAUAAGUUUCAUGCCAAAAUACAGGUGUAGUUCAGAAGGUGAUAGUAUACAUGUAUAUCUGUGUAUAUGCUGAAAAACAGGAACAUGCCCCAUUAUUUUAAAGAAAUUUACUAUGAAAGUAUUGACACAGCGCACAUAUACAAUGAUUAACCAGUGUUCACCAGUCAGUGUAUCCACUUUGAAGGAAAUUACCUGAAUUCCUGGUAAUCCGGAUCAUUUUUAGGUAAUUUUCGAGUAAUGAAAAAAUUCCAGGUAAUUCCGGGUACCGGUACUCCAAAAAUUACAAGUAAACAACAAUUAAACUUUGCAACUUUUAAUAUUCAUGUGAAUUGUUUACAUCGAUAUGUAAUGUAGCUCCAAAUUUUUUGCUCACGCUCGCAUUUCAUAAUUUUGUUCCUAUUAUUAAAGAGGACGUGAACAAAAAAAAACGAAUUCCCUGAUUUUGGUCACUUGGACCAAAUUUAGGCUCACUGUAAUUAAAAAAAAAAUCAAACUUGAAAAUUCCAGGAAAUGUCUGAAUUUCUGGAAAUUUGGGAUUUAGUUUCGGGAAAUUUGUUUUGGAUCUGUGGAAACACUGUCACCAGUGUUUGUAUUAUUGUUAAAAAGACUUUGAGAAUGUUGACUCCAAGAUCGCACAAAAUUUGAUAAUCUUUUGUUUUCCAGACAGUCAUAUUUUGUUUUUAUUGUACAUGGAUAUUUGAUAGUGUUCUUUUGAUAUUGUGUAGACCACUUACCACUAAAGCAUCUUUUUUGUAUGUGCAGAUAUUUUAUAUGCCGAUGUAUUAUUUGAAUGUUAAAUUUUUGCAGUACUAGCACUUUCUUAAGCCUUUUCAACCAACUGAACCAAGUAUAUUAUUUGUUGUUGUAAGAAAGGAAAUUCCAUAGGACUUCAUAAAGCAAGGAUAGAUUCAAGUUUCAACCACCCACAUUAUUCUCUUAUAGAACUUGUGAAAUAUUAAGGUAUAUUCAAACUAUAUAUAUGAAAUAGAAUUGUUUACAAGAGGUUUGAAAACAUGAAAUAAGGAAAACAUACAUUGUUAUUUAUUGAAAUGUUAAAGAGAUGGCCAUUUGAGCAAAAUAUGAAAUUAUCAUGUUAAUAGAAUGUUACAACUUAUGUUUGUCAUAUAAAUUUUGCAGCUGAUUGGCUAUCCUUUUACUUUAUGAUCAUUUGCAUUGAGCAGCUAAAAUUCAUGAACAGUAAUGUUUUGCUAAGGUUAAAAGUAUUCAUUUAUAGGAAUACAGUAUUGUACUAAAAGUAGUAUAUAAUUCAAUUCAUAAAAACCACAGAGACACAGGCUUGAUUCAGGCAUAAUUAAUGCUGUACAGGAAAAGAGUGGGAAACUUCAUGGAAAUAGAAUUUGUUUUGAGGAAACAUAAUGGAAAUAAUGAAAUAACUAAACAUGUGAUAAAUUAUUUAGGUUUGCCAAACAUUGUGGUCAAGACUGCCUUGUAAAUGCCCAUGAUUACUGCUCUGAAUGCUAAUUUUCAUUUCUUGUUGAAAUGCUUGUAUGUUUGAGCUUGCGAUUCGUGCUCGCAACAUUACGCAAGGAUGCCAUUUAACAGUAAUUAGGCACCACGAUUAACCAAAAAGAGAGUUUUACAACUUCAGAUUUAAAUUUUUUUCCGAACAAAAAAAUAAAAAAUAAAGCAUAAAUAUAUAAUCAAAUAUCACUCCAAAGGGGCUUUGCUCCACUUAAUUACUACAAAAGUCAAAACACAAAACAAAUUUCUGCAGAUAUAAUGUUAUGGUGAGAGGGUAUCCUUUUGCACCAAAAUGCCCAUUUUGACAUUGCCCCCCCCCCCCAACAAAAAUAUGUUCUGCCAAACCUGUCUUCCCAUCUUCAUAACAAUUGAGCAGCAACAGUGUUUCUAACCCCCCCGCCCCACCACGCUUGCCCUUCCUGUUUUCCCGGCUUUGCCUCAGAUAAUUUCAUUUAUUGGAUUAAAUUACGAUUAAUGAACCUUAUUUCAAUUUUGGAUUAACGAACCUUCGGAAUAACGAACCUUAUUUCAUUUUCGGACUAACGAACCUUCGGGAUAAGGAACCCUAUUUUGUUUUCUGAAUAACGCCACUAAUGUUCGGAUUAACAAAUCCUUUUUCGUUUUCGGAUUAAUAAACAUCAAGGUGUAGGCAAUUAACGUGUUUCAGAAUUAUGAACCUUCGGAAUAAUUAACAGCUUAUUCUUGUUUGAACUAUUAAAUAAUUUGCAAUUAUGAUUACAACAGUAAAGAGAAUGGUGAUUUUGGUAAUGAAUCCAGGACAAAGUUACUAACUACUUGCUAUAACACAAUUCCUGCUAUAAACCUCAUGCAUGUGACGUCAUAAUCUCAUAGCGCCCUCCCCAGAGGGUAUAGCAAUACAGGUCAACAGUUGUCAGAGAUGCGCCAGCUGCAGAUCACCAAUGCAUGCAAGGCAAUGGCUUUAGCCUCUAAGACUAAUGUUGAUUAAUGAUGAUUUUAUGCAUAAGAUUUGUAGCAAUAAUUUUGAAGGCUCUAUGGUGGUUUUAACAUGGCGUUUCUGCUAAGUUUCAAUUAAAUUAAAUCAAGAUUAAUCCUAAAUAUCAUAUUUGUGCAAACUUUAAAAAUUUGACAAGUUAGUUUUGUGCUGGAGUACAGGCUGAUUCUUAUUGAUUGAAAUAUAUAGAAGUCCUGUAAAUAUAUUAUAUAAUGUUUCACUGGGCUGAUGGAAAUGGAGUUUGAUUAAUUUUGGUGGCUAUGAAAUGUUUGUGAUACACUUUUCACUACACUUAAAUUGGAUGUCAUGAUGACUUUAUUUUGCUCAGUUCCACGGUCAUAUAAGUAUACAAAAGUGUUCAAACAAACAUCAUAUUAACCCCAUUUUUCAUGAAGUAAUCAAAUAGGACCUGUUUCAUAAAUCUCAACAUUUUUUUGCAAUAUCUGUCAUAAGCUACUGAAAUCAUGCCAUCUGAUUGGCUGAGAUUGAACAUUUGUUUGCCGAUAUGACAUUUUGUUUUUCUAAAGCAAAUUGAUAUGGAACAGGAUCUUGGAAUCAUGAAUGAGUUGAUAUCUCAGUCUUGAGUUUCACUGUAGAAAUGUUUUGUUUGCUUUCAUCAUUAUUUUGUCCUUACUUGCCUUGUGUUUGAGUUUCAGCUUAUGCACAUUUUUUUGUUUGUUUCAUGAUUUCUUAGUUCCAAGCCCAGCAAAAAAGGCAGUAGUUUUUAUUUUCUAUAUUAUAUGCAUUUGAUUUAUUAUUUUGCUAUGCUUUGAAGCCAGCUAUUCGCACAAGUUCCCUUUCUUACAACUUUAAUUAAUUACUUAUAACACUCUUCAUCAUCAAUUAGUGUGAAUACUGCUAGGUAUGAAUAUGAAAUUGAUACACAGGUAGAGCUGGGUGACCUUAGAAUGCUUCCAGCAUUUUACAUCAUUGAUAAAAUGUAUGAGUGAUAUAUCAAAAAUUAUGUUUGAGAUCAGAAUACGGAAUGAUUAUAUGUGGGUUUUUAAUGUGGUUGUAAAACAUAUAAAAAUAAUUUUUCACAAAGUUGUGUACCUUUCUGUAGCUGUAUGUGUAAAUUAUUAUGGUAUGGCUUACAUUUUGAAAGGAAUGUUUAAUCUUGCAGUUUUCAAAAGUAUGGAAAUUGAAAUGAUUUACUCUUGCAAAUACUGAAAAGAAAUCAUUCAUAUUUUAUUAAAGAGGCUGGCUGGAUGAGGGGGUUCCAUUGAGCUUUAAAAAUAAUUUUUUUAAAGACACCUAUAGCAGUGAUUAAUUAAAAUUAUUUACCUUUCAUACCAGGUUUUGCAUAUUUGUAUUAUCCUCCUUCAUGGCAAUUUUGAUGUCCUCAGAACUUCAUCAUUUUUAUCACCCUCCCCCCCCAAAAAAAAACAAUAAUAAUUGAGUUGUAUACUUCUCAGGGGAUACAUACAUAGAUUGGUAAUUAAAGGUAUCCAUCUUUAGUUUGAUAAAGCCACAAGGCUCCAAUGAGACAAAUUAAAUUAGAUUUAAUGGACAUAUAUACAUUUUAAUUAAUAUAAUGACAUACAGUACCCAACAAUAAGUCUUCUCAACUGUGUCUGGUAAUUCUGGGAUUCACAUAAUUCACUGCCAAUUAAGGCAUAUUACUUUGCUUGGUAGUCAAUUUAUUAUCUUUUUGAGUCGAGUGUAAAAAUUUAGGAUAUACCCAUUAACCUUACAAUGUUGGGUCUUUACUCAACAUACAUGUACUCAUAGAGAUGUGUGAUGAAAGAUGGUUGUAUCUAAUAUCAAUGAAAUACUUGCAUUAAUAGAGACAAUAAAAAUGUUGAAUCUCACUCUCUGCAAUCCAAAUUUUCUUAAUUUUGCAUUUGAAUUAUUCAACUGAUUUGUGAAAUUAUUUAGCAGGAAGCCUAUGAAUGUUAUUUAUGCAAGGGUUGUUGCUGUAGAUUAUACAAAUUACAUUUUGCACAUUUUACAUUUGAUUUAUCAUAAUCAUUUUUUUUUACUGUUAUGCAAUGAGAUUUAUAUUCACUAACUCGUUUUAGAGUUAUUGAUGUGCAUAGAUUCCAAGUUUGGUGUGGGCAUGUUUCGUUAGUUUAUUACUAAAUGUAAGAAAAUAAUUGUAUCCAUUUCCAGUUAUCUACCCCUUUGCACAAAAUUACGAGGAAAAUGGUAUUUUUACUGUCUUCAAAUCAACAUUCUUAUCAGCUACGUUCGUUGUUAGGCCGUGUUACAACCGAUAGUAGCGCGUUUUCGCCCAGCGUCGUACGACGCUAUCUACGACGUAGAACGAUCUCUUGGUUCGUGCGUCCGUCGCGCUCAACUCUCGCUUGUAAGCAGUUUCGCAAAUCGCUGAACGCGGCCGGAUCGACCGGAAGUACGUAGACUGCAUGACGUCACCACUACUAGGGAAAAUCCCGCGCCCGCGCUCUAUGAACUGGCUGUCGGCGCGCGCUCGAUUUGAUUCGACUUAGCUUGCUCGCUCUACAAGCGAUCUGAUUGGCUGUUGACGGCUGUUGACAAAUCCUACGUUCUAAUGCGGACGCCCGCUAAUUUGCGGAAGAACCAUCCGUGAUUUGAGCUCAAGAACGCUCGGGCCUCUGUUUCCAUGGAAGUUGGCGAUUUUUGCACACGACCCUUAAGUUCUACGUCGUACGACGCUGGGCGAAAACGCGCUAAUGUCGCAAUUGCGACAUUAUGCUGCGUUGACUGCGACAUUAUGCGUUGGAUGAUUUUGGCAUAAUGUCACAAUCAACGCAUAAUGUCGUAGCUCAAGUUACUAACGCAUAACGUCGCAGGUCUUUACGCAUAAUGUCGCAGCUGUAUUUCAUUCAGGAAUCGAGUUGCAGAUAAUAUAUAAGAUAUGUUUUUACUCAGUACUUCAUUCAAGCUCUGUCAUCUGAAAGUUUUUGAAAGUGUGUUUGGUGGGACAUGCGCAAAUGCAGAGGGGGGGGGGGCAGUGUUGAAUUCAUUAUGAUAAAGAGUGGUCACUUUUUAAGAAUCUAAUAUUUUAUCGUUUAUCGUUCAUGACAUUUUAAGAAAAAAAUUAUGUUUCGUAUUGUAACUCGGAAUGUACCGUAUGAACAAUCUUAAAGCGAUAGGUCCUAUUCAAAUCUCCCGUGGGGGAGAGGGGAGCAUAUGCGAUAAAUUAAUAACAUGUUGGUACGUAGCGGGAGGGGCAGAAUUAAUGCCCCCUCCCCCCGGAAAAAGGUGAAAACCUUCCUUUCUCACUGAAGAGUUUCACACACUUCACUAAAAUGUGCACGAAAUCAUUAAACAUCACAUAAGAUUCGUUUUUCACAUGAUCACACUCCCUCCUCACAGAAAAAAAAAACUGUGUACAUAUUUAUUUACAUACGUUUCGUUUCUCUUCUAAAUAACGAGAGCUUCCGAUCAGUGGCGGUACCAGGAUUUUAAAACUGGUGGGUGGCAAAGGAAAAGGGAUAGAGGGGGACUAAAAUUUAUUUUGCAUGUUUCACAAAAUGGAGUGUGAAGCGCGACUAGGCCGCUGGAUCCAACUUUUGGGUCCCUGCUGGAGUCCAGGGUCAGAGCACGCAUGUACUUGUUUCUGAUACAGUACAUUCAUGUUUCCCCAUGGGCGGCUAAAAGCCAAUUUUUGCUGUUGGUUUAUAGAGGGAGCAGUCCCAACUAAAGACUGAAGUUUCAAGUGCAUUUACUUCGCUUUAUCACAAACAAGAUAGGCUAUCUCACAUUGCAUAUAUAGAUAAUGAUAGCGCGGAGCGCGAGCUCAACUUUUUUUUUGUUAUUUGAUGCAUUUAGACCAAAGCAAUGAACAUUCUGAGCAGUUUUUGGCAGUAUAUGCGAGCGCGAAUCGCGCGCUAAAUUCUUAAUAUAUUGAUGGCACAUUCCGAGUAACAAUACGAAAUAUGAUUUCUUUAUUAAAAUGUCAUGAAAAACAAUGAAAUGUAACUAAAUUUGUAUUUAAUUUUCAGCUAGAUAACUUUACUCUCCUGCAAAAUAAGUUGAAUUGCAUGUAUAGCGAUAUGCACAGAUGAAUGGUGAUAUGCUUAUACUUGCGUUUCACUAGUCCACACACUUAAAUUUAUUCAAAGUCCACCCCCUUCUCCUGACAAUGAAUUCGAUACUGACCCCUCCCCAGCAUCCGCACCUGCCCCCCCCCCCCCCCAACACGCUCUUAAAAACUUUCAGAUGACAGAGCUUGCACAAAUUAAUCAGUAAAAACAUAUUUUAUGUCUUAUAUUAAACUCGAAUCCUGAACCGAACACCGCUGAGACAUUAUGCGUUAAGACUUGCGACGUUAUGCGUUAGUAGAAAAGCUACGACAUUAUGCGUUGACUGUGACAUUAUGCGUUGGACGCUCUUGGCAUAAUAGUGUGUUUUCGCCCAGCGUCGUACGACGCUAUCUACGACGUAGAACGAUCUCUUGGUUCGUGCGUCCGUCGCGCUCAACUCUCGCUUGUAAGCAGUUUCGCAAAUCGCUGAACGGAUCCGGAUCGACCGGAAGUACGUAGACUGCAUGACGUCACCACUACUAGGGAAAAUCCCGCGCCCGCGCUCUAUGAACUGGCUGUCGGCGCGGCUCAGCUCAGCUUGCUCGCUCUACAAGCGAUCUGAUUGGCUGUUGAUGGCUGUUGACAUAUCCUACGUUCUAAUGCGGACGCCCGCUAAUUUGCGGAAGAACCGUCCGUGAUUUGAGCUCAAGAACGCUCGGGCCUAUGUUUCCAUGGAAGUUGGCGAUUUUUGCACACGACCCUUACGUUCUACGUCGUACGACGCUGGGCGAAAACGCGCUAUUGUCGCAAUCUGCGACGUUAUGCGUUGAUGUGACAUUAUGCGUUGGUGCGACAUUAUCGGUUGUAACACCCCUUACAUUAUGACAGGUAUAACAUAUAUCAUCCUCAUGCAGGUUAAGUCAUUGGAUAUUGAAUAAAUUUCUCUUUAUAAAAUAAUGUGCUGCAAUUUGGAUCACUAUUUGUAACUAUCCAUACUAUUCACGUAAACAUGUUACCAGCUUUGUCCUAUGUUUUACAACUUUUUUUCUGUCAUAUUUUUUUCAGUUUCACCAACUUGGAGAUAAUUUUAUGUGGUUGUAAAUUAAUAAAUGAUUGCAUCCUCUUUUUGCAAUAAA